AUGGAGGGGGCACCAGUGGAUCCGAUUGUGGAAUGGGCCGCUCCCGGUGGUGAAACCGGGCUUGAAGAGCCUAUGUGGCAGUUGGGUCUUGGGGGUGGGCCGGAGUCGUACCCGGAUAGGCCGGGAGAGCCCGAUUGUGGUUAUUACUUGAAGACUGGAUUCUGUGGGUACGGUGCUCGCUGUCGUUUCAAUCAUCCCCGUGACCGGAGUGGGGUGAUGGGAGCACUGAUGGCCAGCGGUGGUGAUUACCCUGAACGUGUUGGUCAACCAGUCUGCCAGUACUAUAUGCGGACAGGAAUGUGUAAAUUUGGUGCUUCCUGCAAAUAUAACCAUCCAAAACAGGGAGGUGGAUCUUCAGGCUCGGCGACCCUGAAUUAUUAUGGAUAUCCAUUGCGACCGGGUGAUAAGGAUUGUUCUUAUUAUGCUAAAUAUGGGCACUGCAAGUUCGGCACCACCUGUAAGUUUAAUCACCCGCAGCCACCUGGUUUACAAAUGCCAGUACCAGCUCCUGGGCUCGGAGCAUUUCCUACACCGGCAGCAGCACCUACACCUGCGGUCUAUCCAACUUCUUCUGUUCAACCUUCCCAACAAUAUGGGGUAGUUCCUGGCAACUGGCCAGUUCCAAGACCGGCUGUGUUUCCACCUUCAUAUGUUCCUGGGACUUAUGGUCCCGUGCUUCUUCCCCCUGGAGUUGUUCCUGGUCCUGGUUGGACUCCCUACACAGCAUCAGCCUCCUCGAACCCUCAACCCACUGUUGGAAUGGGCCCAGUUUAUGGGAUUACCCAGCUAUCUCCUUCAGUAACUGCCUACACAGGAGUAACAGGGCCAUAUCUAUCCAUUACUUCUGCUGGCCAUUCGGGCAGCAGUCAACAGGAACAUGCAUUUCCAGAAAGACCUGGCCAACCAGAAUGUCAGUAUUAUUUGAGAACUGGAGAGUGUAAAUAUGGACCUACAUGUAAAUAUCAUCAUCCACCAGAGUGGAAUGCACCAACUACAAAUUACGUGCUUAGUCCCCUGGGUCUUCCCUUACACCCGGGUGCACCAGUUUGCAUUAGCUAUUCACAGAAUGCAGUAUGCCAGUUUGGACCCUUGUGCAGAUUCGAUCACCCCAUGAAGACGCUGAGCAGCAGUCCAUCUGCAUCUUCUCUUACUGAUAUGCCUGUUGCUCCAUAUCCCGUGGGAUCUACUAAUGCAACUUUGGCUCCAUCAUCCUCAUCGUCAGACUUGAGACCCGAGGGUAUUGCUGGAUACAGAGGAGACUCUCCAUCACCCCAAAUGUCGUCUAUAAGCAGUACAGGUGCUUCAGUUGGUUCAAUAUAUUCACAAAGUGGCCCCGUUUCUCAUUCUAGCGUUCAGCAGUCGGAACAGGGUAUUGGAGCUGAGGUUCGUACAUCAAACUGA